AUGCCAACUAAAGGUAAUCGUCCCUAUGAUAUUGUCAUCUUCGGAGCGACAGGUGUCGUGGGCUACUAUGCCAUUCGUGAUCUGUAUCAGUCAGUACAGCAGAGCAGUGAAGAAUACGCCUCUGUAAGAUGGGCCGUUGCUGGCCGACGGAUGGACAAGCUGCAGCAGACGCUGGCAGAGCUGUCCGAAGAGCUUCAAGUGGACCUAUCUGCAGUGCCUAAAAUCAUCGCUGACGUGCUCGACCUCCCCUCAAUAGAGACCAUGGUGAAGAGCACCAAAGUGCUGCUGAACUGCGUCGGACCGUAUAACCACUACGGGCGAGCAGUGGUUGACGCCUGCAUUAACGCCCGAACUGAUCACUUUGAUCUGAGUGCCGAGCUGCAGUUCAUCGAGGGUACACAGCUGGACUGCCACGAAGCGGCACUCAACGCUGAAGUGAUCGUCGUCUCUGCCUGUGGAUUCUGCAGCAUAAUCCCCGAAAUGGGCUUAGCUCUGGCUCGCCAGCACUUCAACGGAACACUGCAUUCUGUAGAGAGCUACAUCGAUUUCAAACCGGGAAAACAGGUUGGCUUGACUGCACUCAUAGACCGCAAAAUGAUGCCAAGAGGUGGAGUCUUGACGGCAGGCUCGGCGUUCAGAGAGACGCAACUUUGGGAACGGCUACAGCGAAGGGGGAUAACCUGGCAAAUAGAGGAGAAAUCGCCGGUUAAAACCAAUGGAAAA